UUAGUUUUAUUUAUUUAUUGUAUUGCAAUGUUUGGCGUCAGUAUUUAUAAAUGUAUUUCAUUAAUAAUUUGUACGUGCCCUCGUUUUUAAAUAACCUAUACGGACACAACGCCGACCAGUCAAAGGUCAGAGGAAAGGGAAAAACGUGCGGCUGCUUUCGUAUUUUAACCUGAUCUAACAUUCUUCUUAUCUCUUAUCUCUUAAUCAGUACAUUCAGGGCAAAGGCCAUUUAUUGAGCGUUACGAACAAACUAAAGUUCAUUGUCAGGAAAAAAGGUAACACAAUUCCUUUCCUUGGUCUUUUGCCGAGAGCAAACGCCUGUCUGAACUCAGAAUGAAAAGAAGACUACUACUAGUGUCCAACUCUACUCUCCACGGUGGAGGAUAUCUGGACCACUGCCAGCAGCAAAUCAAAGACUUUUUUGGGAAACAGGUGACGAGAAUCCUGUUCAUUCCCUACGCACUUCACGACCGCGACGCCUACACCAGGAUGGCUAGAGACAAACUGAAGACUUUGGGCUAUGAGGUGGACAGUGUUCACGAGGCUGCAGACCCAGUGGAAGCUGUGCGGAAAGCAGAGGGGAUAUUUAUCGGUGGGGGCAACACAUUUCGCCUGCUGAAAAACCUCUAUGACAACAACCUUGUGACGGAGAUUAGGACCAGGGUUCUUCAGGAUGGCGUGCCCUACAUGGGCUCUAGUGCUGGGAGCAACGUGGCGACCGUGAGCAUCAACACCACUAACGACAUGCCCAUCGUGUGCCCGCCCACUUUCUCGGCCAUCGGCCUGGUGCCCUUCAACAUCAACCCCCACUACCUAGACCCGGACCCACACAGCAGACACAUGGGGGAGACCCGUGAGCAGAGGAUCAUGCAGUACCACGAGGAGCCCGAGACGCCCUGCGUCCUGGGGCUGAGGGAGGGUUCCAUGCUGCUCGUCGAGGGACACAAAGCCACUCUUCUGGGCAGCACACAGGCUAGACUCUUCCAGAGGGGGAAGACGACCACAGAGUAUGCACCCGGGAGUGACUUGAGUUUCUUACUGACAGACGCUCACUAACCAGUUAAUAACGAGGACAUUCUCUCCAGAGACUGAAGGACGUAGCUGUAACAGACAACUUAUACAGUAGCUUUCCCUGACACAAUUUCACAUUAUCCUUCAUCUCAAGGUCAUUAUUUUUUAUUAGUUUUACUGUAAUUAAACUGGUUUGUAUGGAUACGACAGACCAAACACACAAGCGUCUAUACAGAAAAUCAGUCAUUUAUUUGAAUUAUGGAAGCAUUAAAGUCAACACGUACAACCUGAAA